CACAAAAUGAUUAAAUCACUAUUGCUGCUCAUUUGUCUGCCGGUUGCAUUCUGUGCGCUCGGAGGAUUGAUCGGUCGAACACAAAGUUCUGCAGCUAAAGGAAUUCUUAAAUGUAACGGUAAACCUGCGAGAGGUGUGCAGGUGAAACUCUACGAUGACGAUAGAGGAGUUGACAUGGAUGAUCUAAUGGGAGAGGCAACGACAGAUCAGAACGGUUAUUUUGAAGUGAGCGGAAGUAAUGCUGAAAUGUCAACAAUUGACCCGAAAAUCAACAUAUAUCACGACUGCAAUGAUGGAUGGAAGCCAUGUCAACGUAAAGUGACAAUUAUGCUACCUGAUGGAUUUGUAAGUGAUGGCGCGAGACCAAAGAAAAUUUACGAUGCUGGUACACUUGAACUGGCCGGAAAAUUUCCUGGUGAGAGUCGUGAUUGCUUACACAGAAGGAAUCGAAGAACUUUCCUAAGAUGUGCUUCAACAAACAUACCCCAUAGGAGAAGACCUAGAGCCUUCGUGAUUGGUACACUGAUCAUCGGAGUUGAAAAAAAUGAUCUAUUGUUGGCUUAUAAAUCAAAAACGGCAAUGCGUACGAUCCAAGUGAUAUUGCUGAUCGCACUGAUCCCAGCUGCAAUGAGUGCUUUCGGAGGUCUGGUUGGAAGAACUCAGAGCAGUGGUGUUAGAGGCAUUUUAACCUGCAAUGGCAAACCUGCAGCGGACGUACUUGUCAAACUGUACGAUGAUGAUAGAGGAAUGGACUUUGACGAUUUGAUGGCUGAGGGCAAAACAGAUUCACAUGGCCGCUUCGAAAUAAGUGGUCACAUCGCGGAGAUGACACCGAUUGAUCCAAAAUUGAAUAUUUAUCACGACUGCGAGGACGGCUGGUGGCCAUGUCAACGCAAAGUAAGUAUUAUGAUUCCUGAUGGUUACAUUACGGACGGCCCUCGACCAAAGAAAUUCUAUGACGCUGGAACAAUUGAACUUUCGGGUCAUUAUAAGGUCGAAAUUGUUCUGAUAAACUGUGAAUUGGAUGGAAGAAAGAUGAUCUACGCGGCGAUAUUAUUCGUCUGUCUGAUACCUUAUGCGUUUGGUGCGUUCGGUGGUUUGGUAGGCAGAACACAGAGUGCUGGCGCUAAAGGCAUCUUACUUUGCAAUGGAAAGCCAGCACCUGAUGUUCUCGUGAAAAUGUAUGACGAUGAUCGAGGUCUCGACUUCGACGACUUCAUGGGUGAGACAACAACAGAUGUCAACGGCUACUUCGAAUUCACUGGAAGCAAUGCCGAGAUGUCACCGAUCGAUCCAAAACUUAACAUUUAUCAUGACUGUGAAGAUUGGUGGUGGCCAUGUCAACGAAAGGUCAGUGUAAUGAUUCCGGAUGAGUACAUAACAGUGGGAUCACGACCCAACAAGCUUUACGAUGCUGGAUCUAUUGAACUCGCUGGGGAAUAUUCUGGUGAAGAGCGCGAUUGCUUCCACUGA